GUAUGGUCCACUCCGCUAUUCUUAUUAUAUAUUUUUCCCAGGUGACACACCCAAAUUCGUCGGGGCUGGAGAAUUUCUUUGAACAUAUAUCUUUGGUACUGUCGUCUCUCCGGCUCUCUAAAGGAUGCUUGCCACCAUGAAGCUUGCCUGCAGCAACACUGACGGCCCGGCCCUCGUCAUAGGCGCCACCGGCUACAUCGGCCGUUUCGUGGCGGACGCAUGCCUCGACAGCGGACGCACCACCUACGUCCUCAUCCGACCGGGCUCGGUGUGCCCUGCAAGGGCUGCCGCCGUCCAUGCUCUCCGCGCGAAAGGUGCCAUCGUCGUCGAGGGUUCCGUAAGUGAUAAGGAGCUCUUGGAGAGGAAGCUGAGAGAGGAAGGCAUAGAGGUAGUUAUUUCCGUUUUGGGCGGUUCUCAAAUUCUGGACCAGCUCAACCUGCUCGACUCCAUUAAAGCUGUCGGCACCAUCAAGAGGUUUUUGCCAUCGGAAUUUGGGCACGACAUCGACAAGGCUAACCCCGUGGAGCCUGGCCUCACUUUCUACGAGGAAAAGAGGAAAGUCCGCCGUGCCAUCGAGGCGGUGGGGAUACCUUACACCUACAUUUGCUGCAACUCGAUCGCCGGGUGGCCCUACCAUGAUAAUACGCACCCUUCGGAGGUUACUCCGCCACUGGAUCGGUUCCACAUAUAUGGUGAUGGCAACGUUAAGGCUUUCUUUGUUGCCGGGAGUGACAUUGGGAAGUUCACAGUCAAAGCAGCAUAUGAUUUCCGCACUCUCAACAAGACCGUUCAUUUCCGUCCAACUCGCAAUCUUCUUAGCUUGAAUGAAAUGGCUGCUCUGUGGGAGAGUAAGAUUGGAAGGACCCUACCGAGAGUUACCUUAGCUGAGGAGGACUUGCUUGUCAUGGCAGAAGAGAAUUGCAUUCCAGUAAGUAUAGUUGCCGCUUUGACGCAUGAUAUAUUUAUUAAUGGCUGCCAAAUCAAUUUCUCAAUCGAUGGGUGCAAGGAUGUGGAAGUUACCAGCCUCUAUCCUGACAUCUCAUUUCGAACCAUUGAUGAAUGUUUCGAUGACCAUGCAGCAGACCUAGUACUCAAGAAAGGCAAUAUGAUCACCUCACCUAAUUCUAUGGUGAACAGGAUGCCCGUUGCACCAACUUGUGCUUAAAAGCGUCCAAGACAUUCUCGUUUUUCUAUAGCGAAGAGCAUUAGAGUUCCCGUUCUUAUGACAAGAUGGAAAUUUGCUUGAUUUCUUCUUUCAGUGGGCUUAUUUAGCCCGUGUAUCAGUGGGGUUUGUAGCAUUUCAAUAAGCCAAACUAUGUUAUGCAAUGUAUUUGUUUUCUAGAUUCAUGCAGUUGUAUUACGAGAAUUUAUUAUAGCUUCCAUUUA